UCCUUGUAUAAUGCUUGUAGCAUGUAUAAUGUCUAAUGAAUCGUCAAAUCUUCUGUGCCUUCUUGGACAGGGAUGCGCUCCUUUAAGCUGGUGUCCACGUGUAACUUCACCACCCUGAAAGACAAGCAGAUCAAGGAGGUGCAGGCUUCCACCACUGUGCUCUACGUGCCCAUCCUCUACAUGAUCACCUUCACUCUGGGCCUCCCGGCUAACCUCCUGGCCCUGUGGGUCCUUCUGUUCCGUACCAAGAAGCUGCCCUCUACCAUCCUCCUCAUCAACCUCACUGCCACCGACCUCAUGAUCCUGCUGGUGCUCCCCUUCCGCAUCGUCUACCACUUCCAGGGCAACGACUGGGCCUUUGGUGAGCCUUUUUGCCGCGUGGUCACAGCGCUCUUCUACGGCAACAUGUACGGCUCCGUGCUGUGUCUGGCGUUCAUCGCUGUGGACCGCUACGUGGCGUUGGUGCACCCGUUCGGUGCCAAGACCCUCCGCAGCUGCCGCACCUCUCUCUACAUGAGCCUGUGUGUGUGGGUGGCGGUGUUGGCCGCCAUGCUGCCUCUCCUCGUCUCGCGCCAGUCCUACACGCUGGACGAGCCGCGCAUCACCACCUGCCACGACGUGCUGCCCGAGGAGGUGCACGAGAACUACUUCCUGCCCUACUUCCUCACACUAUUUUUUCUUGGCUUCGUGCUCCCCCUUCUGGUCGUCCUCUACUGCUACGUCUCUGUGAUAUGCACCCUGGUGGCGGGAGGCCAGCGCUACGCCCACGCCGUGCGCGUCACCAUGCUAGUCCUGGUGGUGUUCGUGGGCUGCCUGCUGCCCAGCAACAUCCUCCUCCUCCUGCACUACUCAGACUCUUACCUGGUGGACAACGGGGAGGACCUUUACGUGCCCUACAUGGUUAGCCUAGCCGUUAGCACGAUGAACAGCUGCAUUGACCCCUUCAUCUUCUACUACAUCUAUGAUGACUUCAGGGACAAGGUCAUGAUGGUGCUGUGUUGCCGUGGCAACAAUGGGAGAGACUCAUCCACAGGGAAUCAGGUGUCCUUUUCGUCCUCCUUACAGAGGUCAAAGGUGACGCUGCUGUCCAAGUCUAGUCAGAGGCCGGGGACGUCAGAGGGGUAGGAAGCAUGAGGACAACAGGCAAUAGAGGACUAGACGCACAGUGAGGGAAAAAAGUAUUUGAUUCCCUGCUGAUUUU